UCGCGGGCUCAUCAUCAUUCAACGAUGACCGGGCCACAGGGACGCAUCCUGCGCGAGGAGAACAGCCGCACGGCGUUGACGGCCCUUGCCGGCCCCGCCGACGACGAAUCUUCGUCCAACAGCAGCUGCGACUCGAGUGCCGAAAGGAGCAGCACAACCACCCAGUACUUCGCAGCCAUCCUUGCUACCCUGAGUGCUUUCUCGGCGGGGACAAUCCUGGGCUGGUCAUCACCUGCCCUUCCACUUCUUCAGGCCGAAAACUCUCCCCUCCCUGUGACUGCUGACGAAGGUUCAUGGCUCGGCUCCCUGCUGACCUUAGGUGCCCUCCUGGGUGCAGCCCCUGCAGGCGCCCUGAGCCAGCUUUUCGGCCGGCAACGAUUCCUCGCCUUCCUGUCGCUGCCCCUGCUGACGUCAUGGCUGAUGGUGGCGCUCGGCCGCUCCGUCGGCGUCCUCUACGUCGGCCGCUUCAUCGGCGGCCUCGCCACCGGCGCCGUCAGCGUUGCGGCGCCAGUUUACUGCGCCGAAAUCGCCGAACAGAAGUGCAGAGGGGCCCUUGGCACUCUCUUCCAACUGCAGCUGGUCGUCGGCAUUCUCUUCGCCUAUGUGAUCGGCGCCUGGGCCCCCUUGGAGUGCUUUGCCUUCACCUGCGCCCUGGUACCGGCAGUUUUCGCCAUCACCUUUGCCUGGAUGCCUGAAACACCUCAGUUCCUUUUGUCAAGGGGUCGUAAAUUUGCGGCAGAAAACUCUCUUCAGUGGCUGCGUGGAAAGGGCUGUGACGUCCAGAAGGAGCUGUUGAUCCUUCAAUCAGCGGCGCAGGAAGCGGACGCUUCAGACGCCGGUUCCGCCCGUCGCACUUUGCUGACCCUCGCCUCGGACGCCGCAACCAGACGCGCCCUGCUGGUGUCCCUGGGCCUGAUGGCCUUCCAGCAACUGUCCGGCAUCAACGCCGUCGUCUUCUACUCGGGCUCCAUCUUCAAAGAGGCUGGCGGUGCCCUUUCGCCCGGAGUGGCCAGCGUGGUCAUCGCUGGGGUCAUGGUCUUGGCCACUUUGUGCGCCACAAUGAUGGUGGACAAGGCUGGACGCAAACCUCUCCUGCUGCUCUCGGCCGCCGCCAUGGCCGUAUGCUUGGCCGCUCUUUCAUUUUCGUUUGCUUACACGGUGGAUGCCGGAGAGGAAAAGCCCGACUGGCUCAAUUGGCUUCCUGUCCUCAGCGUUGCAAUUUACAUUGUUGUCUUUUCGAUUGGUUUUGGACCAAUUCCGUGGAUGAUGAUGGGCGAGUUGUUUUCGGCGUCAGCCAAGAGUCCGGCCAGCGCUUUGGUGGCCUCCUUUAAUUGGGCGCUGGCAUUCGCCGUGACCAAGGGCUUCCAGAGUUUGGUGGCCGCGCUUGGCUCGGCGGGGGCGUUCGCCUUUUUCUCUGGCGUGUGCAUGGUCGGCUGCUCGUUCGUCGUCCUGAUUGUGCCCGAGACCAAGGGCAGGUCGAUCGAGCAGAUUCAGCAACAACUCGCUGCCCCCAAACGCACCCUGCCCGUCUGACGACAAUUCUUCUUGAAAUUGCUCUGCUACAAGGCUGUGCCCUCGCCAGGGAGUGACACCCCGUCGCCUGCCACACGUGCAAAAAGACAUUGACAAUUUUCGCGUCGCGGAUUCUACGGCGACGCUUUUAUUUGUGCAUUUCUAUAGGCGUACAAUACAACACUGCAUAAACGUUUUAGGAUUAAUAAAAUGUUGUCCCAUAGUUUUUGUAAUUAUAUUAUAUUGAAAAAUGUGAAUAAAAUAUAUAAUAGAGUCUCUUAAUUUUAAUUAGAAUAAUACAAGUGUGAUUGGAGAAAAUCACAGUUAUAUAUAUUUACAAUUUGUUGAAAUUGGACAUGUGGUUGAUUUUAUUUCACUUGGAUAAUAAAGUCCGGUUGUAUUAAGAAA